AUGCGUCUCGCCGGCCUCAUCCUGUCGGGCAUGUGCCUAUCCCCGCUGAGCAACAUCCGUGCCAUCGCCACGCCACCACGGCCAUCUGCCCCUCCGCCGGGUAACAACAUCUCCGCGUAUCAAAUCGUCUAUCGCGGAGACUACAGGGACCCCUCCCGAGUCAGAGACGCCGGCGGGUUUCGACCCAACGCCCUAGGCUGGCAGAGCGUAGACCGCGUGUAUACCAUGGACCACCACUACCAGGGCGGCCCGCGGGGCUGCAACGCCACCGGGCAGCGGCACGUCACGGCGUACGUGUCCGUCGUCGUCAACCCGUGGAUGGCGGCGAGCUACGGGCGAUGGAUCUACGAGAUCCGCGCGACGCCAAACUUCUUCCUCAGCGGCAGCUCCACCGACUAUAACAUCUACGCGCUCGGCGGCGUGCAGUGGAGGCAGAUACGCAGAUAUGGGUUGACUAACCAGGAGAGUUUCGUUGAGGAGAUGCUGCAGGGCAAUCCGGAGUACGAGGAGAACUUGUAUGACUUUUCUCAUCUCGCGCCCCUGUGCCACGUCCGGUCGGAUUUCCCGUAUCAGUUGCAGAGUGGCGAGCCAGACACCAGCAUCAGCAGCAGCAGUGACAACAAAAGAAAAAGCCAGCGUGAGCGGUAUCCCGCUAGAUGUGCCGCCAAUGAGACCAUGAGAAGUACCGAGAUGUUGGCUCUCGUCGGGCCGUUUCCACACACGCGGAGACAAUGGCGCUUCAACAUGCAUCGUCCUCAUUCCAGCGCCCCGGCCGAGCCCGAGAUCAGCUCGGGAGAGCAGAUUGCGGCUCGGGAACUGCAAUCCUUCAUAGACAUGGGCCCUGAGCGUCUGAACGAGAUGUACCCCUACGGCGGCACGGUCGUCGAGGAGCUCCUUCGAUCAGUCCCCUGGAGCGCCUGCGCGUCGGUGGCUCUGUCCUAUAAAUGGCACGGCCCGCGCCAGGUCGAGCCACCACCCAGCAACGCAAGCGGGCAGCACGAAAGCGACGGGUGCUGCAGGGCGGCCACCGUGCUGCGGAACAAGAUCGCGGACUUGCCCGGCGCCGUGCUGAGGACUUGCACGCGUCUCUCUGCGCUCAAGUUUGGGAUCCAGCUGAGCGACUCAUGGCUCUCAGGCACGUGGGACACGCUCAUCCUCGCUUUUGGCGACGGCGAGGCGCACAAAAUCGCUUCCAGCCCAGGCCGCGGGUUCCACGAGUGGCAAAACAUUAGCAUGCAGCGCACCUUCAAGUCCGACGUGGUGGCGCUCGACCACCUCACUCGGAUCCGCAUCUUUCAGGAGCCUACAAGCGUGCUCGUCCAUGACAAGUGGGACCUUGUAGGGGUCAAGUUGAAGGCACGGUGCGCAGACUCCCUCACGGAGCUGCACCUCGACAAGUUGCAGUCGGAGAACAUCGAGUCUUUCCGGCCGGUCGUGCGGCACGGGGUUGCCUGGCUGGCGUGGUCCAACAAGAUUGACCCGAAGAAGGACUGGGUCACGUACAUCGACUGCAGCCACUUCAAGGCCAUCGAGAUUGAGCUGCGGCUCGCCAAGUCUUCGAAGGAGUUGAAGCUCGAGGAUCUCUUUCUGAGUUUCGUCAACGAGGGCAUCGGUCGCAACACCGUCACGGCGAGGACCAAGUCUUUUGAGAUGGACAAUCUUUUGGUCACUCAACUGAGGAGAACGUUUAGUAAAAGCCCCGUCCCGGUUCGGGACAUCAAGUACUUUGGCGUCUACUCGCAUGCCCAGCAGGCGCCGAUACCGUUCUGGUGGAAGUCGAUAGGGCUCACCGUCAAGGGACACUGUGCUGGCUCGAAUAAUGUGGCCCUGUUCGACAAGUAUGCCAAGGCCAGCGAGAAACUUGAGCGCAAAGACUCGUCCUCCGAUGACAGGCACGAAAUACCCAUGGAAGACUGGCGUUGGGCGACUGCCGAGACAGAGGCAAAGGCCAAAACACACGGAUCGAGCGAUACCUGGUUGUUUGGUGGAACACAUGGAGCUUGA